AGCUUCCUCGCCAUGCUCCGCUCGACCCUUCCUCUCCUUGCCCUCGUCGCCCUCGCCUCGACCCAGCAGCUCCCCGCCGGUGCACCCGCCUGCGCCGCAACGUGCCUUCAGGCCAAGCUGCGCGAGGCCGGAACCCUCGUCCCCGGCGUCGACGCGACCAACGUGGCCGCCUUGUGCUCGUCGUCCACCUUUACUGGCGCGUUCGACCAGUGCCUCCAGGACAACUGCAACACCGCCGACAUCGCGACGAGUCAGGCUCUCCUCGCCCAGGUAUGCGCCGGCUCGACGACCGCAGCCUCCGUCACCGAGUCGGCCGCCUCGACCGUCGCCGGCCUCGAGUCGUCGGCCUCGUCCGUCCUCGCCACCGCCUCGUCCGACGCCGCGUCCGUCAUCUCGUCGGCCGCGACGGUCACGUCGGCUGGAGCGCUCGAGAGCGCGUCGGCCUCGGUCGACUCGUCGCUCGAGAGCCUGUCGGCGAGCCUCGGCAGCGACGUGUCGAGCCGCGCGGCGAGCAUCACCUCGUCGGCGGCGAGCGCGGCGUCGAGCGCGCUCAACGUCACGAGCGUGUCGUCGGGCGCGAGCGCGUCGGCUUCGGGUACGACGGGCGCAGGCUCGUCGGGCAACAGCGCCGCCACCGCCUCGUUCGAGUACUCGACGAUGCUCGUCUUUGCCGCGAGUGUCGUCGGUUGCGCGGCCCUGCUCUAGACGAGGGGGUGAGACGUUCGAGAGCCCGGCUCUCGCGAUGCGCACACCUCGUCCCUCUCUUCUCGUCGUAUUCCCCUAUCGCCCGGUUCUCUCUCUCUCUCUUGGACGACGUUUAUUUAUCACGACCGGCCGCCUGGCCCUGCAACACAGCCCGGCUUCCUCGCGC